CAAGGCGACUCGAGCGCAGUUUUAACGCAUGCUAGUGUUAGACAGCACGUGUUUUACAUCCAUAAUCAAUCGCACAACUCGAAUUAUUCACACUUAGUGAAUAAGUGAUAGUGAAACUAUGGAACCAGUCAGUUUAUUGGAAUUGAAUGAGACUGAAGUUAAGGAAUUUUUGAGUUCCUUCGACCAUGUGUUCUCAGAUUGUGAUGGUGUGAUUUGGGAAACAAAUAAUGCUUUCCCAGGCGCAGGGAAGUUCUUCGAGCUGAUGAAGAGACUGGGGAAGACUGUUCACUUCGUCUCCAACAAUAGUUUAAGGAGUAGAGAAAACUAUGAAGCGAAAUUCAAAUCCGCUGAUAUUGAUGAUGGGUUUGAGCACCUUACGAUACCAUCAACUGCUAUCGCCGAGUACCUCAAAUCAGUGAAGUUCGACAAAACCGUAUACUGCGUAGCCUGUCCUGAAACUGUCGUCGUUCUGAAGUCACAUGGGUUCAAAUGCAAAGAAGGGCCCGACGUUGGCACGUAUUACUACGGUGACUACAUCGACUACUUGACCGACGAUGAAGAGAUCGGCGCGGUGGUUUUCGACAGUGACUUCAAAGUCAACUUGCCCAAGCUGUACAAAGCUCUCACUUAUCUCAGGAGGCCUGAAGUCCUCUUCAUUAGCGGCGCUACUGACAAGUAUGUGCCUUUGAAAGCUGGAGUUUUGACGUUAGGCACUGGAUUAUUCACUGAAAUAGCAAGCCAGGAAUCAAAGCGUGAACCAAUAUUGCUGGGCAAGCCGGGGAAGACGUUCGGUGAAUUCGCUAUGAAGCGAGCUGGUGUGUCAGACCCUAGCCGAGUGCUUUUUAUUGGGGAUAUGAUUGAACAAGAUGUAGGAUUAGGAAGAGCGACCGGCUUCAAGACACUUCUAGUCCUAACCAACAAGACAAAGGAGGAAAUGAUGUCUCAUGAAACACUGAAGCCUGACUACUAUGCUGAUUCACUCGGCAGUAUAGUGCCUAUUCUAGAAUCUAUAGCCAAAUAGAUAGUCGAUUAGCAAAAUUAGAAGCAUUUAGUUCCUUUUCUACUUAAUUACUUAGUAGCUUUAAGUAGUAAGAAAAUUGAUGUUGUAAUUCACUACUAAUGUAUAACGCGUACCUACCUUUCUACUUUACAACUGUCUUAGAGAGUAAUUAAGUAUUUGGUUUUAACCCCCGACCCAAAAUGAGGGGUGUUAUAAGUUUGACGUGUGUAUCUGUGUAUCUGUCUGUGGCAUCGUAGCUCCUAAACGAUUGAA